ACUCUGUUUCUAGUGUAUAAAUAUUGAACAUUUUGUAAUUUGUUUAUAUUUUCUUUUUUAUUAAUUGACGUAAAGUACUUUAAUCAUGGGAAAGCGUAAGCGACUUUCAAAUGAAGCAGAAGAUUCGAAAGAAUCGGAAAGUGGUCAAGUGAAAAAGCCAAGAUGGGUAAAUAAACAAAGAGUUUUAGUUUUUGCUUCUCGGGGAAUAUCAUUCCGUGAUCGCCAUCUCAUGAACAAUUUACGUACCCUUAUGCCACACUCCAAGCCUGAAUCAAAGAUGGAAAAGAAAGGUCCAUUGCAUCACAUUAAUGAGAUUUGCGAAAUGAAGAACUGUAACAAUUGUAUAUAUUUUGAAAAUAAGAAGCAUAAGGAUUUGUAUAUGUGGAUUUCUAAAGUACCUAAUGGACCAUCUGCUAAGUUUUUAAUUGAAAAUGUACAUACAAUGGAAGAAUUAAAACUGACUGGAAAUUGCUUAAAAGGAUCAAGGCCUGUGCUAUCUUUUGAUAAAGCAUUUGAUUCUCAACCUCAUCUUGCUCUUUUGAAAGAAGUAUUUACACAGAUUUUUGGUACACCUAAAAAUCAUCCCAAGAGCCAACCUUUCAUCGAUCAUGUAUUCAAUUUCACAUUUCUGGAUAAUCGAAUUUGGUUCAGGAAUUAUCAAAUUGAAGAAGAUGGUGGCUCUCUUGUAGAAAUAGGACCAAGGUUUGUUAUGAACUUGAUAAAGAUAUUUGAUGGAAGUUUUUGUGGAUCUGUAUUAUAUAGUAACACCAAUUAUGUAACUCCUAGUGCGCAUCGGAGGAACCUGAAGAAGGAAGCAAUCAGUCGGUAUAAGCAAAAGUUCGACAGUAAGCGGUUGUUGGCAAUGAGAAGACCUGAAGAGUCGUUCAAGACUGACCCUUAUGACGAGAUAUUUAAAGCAGGACAAAGUAAAACAAAUUUGUUGAAGGGACAGAGUAAAUUCACUGUAAAAAAGAAAAAGAAACAGACUGUUAAUGCGGAAUAA